AUGUCUCUUUCUCCCGAGGAGAGUCUCUACGGAUCGUGGGUGGAGCUGGAGGAGCUGAUGGCCGCCGCUACAACACUGCAGGACAGCGCCUCGUCCAGCCUGCAGGGGGAGCUAGAGCGCAUUCUUCAGGAGGCACAGUUGGAGAGUGAGAUGAGCAGAGACAGUCCUCCGCAGGUUGUGAGGGACUCGCCCAGACCCCCCAGUGACCAGGACAGCGACUGUGUGCUGAUACAGGAGGAACCUGAGCGGCGUGGGGACACAGACUGGGUGUGGGAUUGGUCCAGUAGACCUGAAAAUAUGCCUCCAAGAGAGUUUGUUUUCCAGCAUCCGAAGCAGCCCAGGUCUCUGAGCGUCCGCAAGACGGAGGUGAUGAAGAGGAGGAUAUUCUCCUCUGAUGUUCUCCUCGUCCUAGUCCCCUCUCUGCUCGCAUCCCACCUGCUCACACUGGGAGUGGGGAUCUACAUUGGAAAGCGGUUGGCGGCCUCCACCUCCAGCCCUCUGUGA